AUGCUUGCAUUAGCAGUUAUUUCUAUUUUUAGAAGUAAAAGAGAAGCUAAGGAUUUCACCUACAAGAAUAUUUGGAGGCAUGGUAAAUUAGAUACGAAUCCUACUAUAAAUAUGCUGCUCAUAUAUAAAUACCUGAUUUAUUCAAAACCCUAAGAUAAUAAAUGCUACAAAGGUAGUAUUAUCCUAAUGAUGACAUUCUAUGAAGUUGUUGAGUCAGUAGAUAAUAAUAUUGCUGAAGCUUUAUCUUUUGGUCUAUCAUAUUGCUAAUAUUGA